GAGUUGUACUACAAGCUGGGGAAGACAGUGGAUCAGUGGCGAUGGAUUUCCUUACUUUUUUUCUGCUGAGCUUGGCUAUCUCGCCUGUAUCAUUAAUGCCCCCACCAGGUGUAGCAGAUGUUAUUGGUGACAGAAAGGACAUUCCUGAAAUAAACAAAGGUUUAAAUCUUCGGGAAGGAGAUAUCAUGGAGAGUACAUCUGAACUUCAAAGGAGUGCGAUUUUGGGGAACGAAUACCGGUGGAACGGAUACAUCCCCUACAUGCUGAAUGAAACUCUCAGCAUAAAUGACAAAGGGGUCAUUUUAAGAGCCUUCGAGCAGCUGAGACUGAAAGCAUGUAUUGACUUUAAGCCCCAGACAACAGAGAACAACUACAUAUCUGUGGAAGGUCUAACCGGGUGUUGGUCUUAUAUUGGGAAGACAGGUGGGCGGCAGCAGCUCUCUAUUGGAAAUGGGUGUGGAUACAUCGGCAUUGUGGAGCACGAGUUUCUUCACGCUCUGGGCUUCUAUCACGAACAGAGCCGAUAUGAUCGAGACAACUACGUAACCAUCAUUUAUGAAAACAUCAUUGCAGGAUACGCAAGGAACUUUGAUAAGGCGUCUGAGCAGAUAAGCACCACACAGGGAACUCCAUACGAUUACACGUCUGUGAUGCACUACGGACAAGAUGCUUUCACCUAUGGGAGCGGACACACCAUAAUCACCAAAGUCCCUCAGUUCCAAGACGUGAUUGGUCAGCGCUAUGACCUGAGCCCUACAGAUGCGCUUGAGCUCAACAAGCUCUAUAAAUGCACUGAAUCCGUCUCCUUCCUGGACCGCUGUAGCUUUGAUAGCAGCAUGUGUCAGAUGGCGACCUGCUCUUCUGCUGCAAAUGGAUGGGUGAUGGCAAGCAGCGUAUCUGGAGGGCCCUUUAGUGACCACUCCAACCUGGAGUCCAUAGGUGUUUCCCUCGUGUCUAUGAACACCACUUCAUCAGGGCCGUCUUUCUUCAUGCACAUCAGCACAAAGACUGGACAGGAAGGAGACUCAGGCCGACUGGCGAGUAAGGAGAUGACACCCCGCAGAGACUGCCACGUCCAGUGCCUGCAGUUUUUCUACUAUCACAGCGGGAAUGAGACUGACCAGCUUAACGUCUGGAUCAGAGAGUACCAGAAUGAUACUGACACCAUAGGAACCCUCAGACUCAUGGACCAGAUCACAGGAUCUCCCACUAAUCACUGGCAGCUCCGCUAUGUUCCGCUGAAUGCGAGCAAGCCAUUCCUAGUGGAAUUUGAAGCACGGAAAGGAGCCGGAUAUUCCAGUGGAGGCCUCUCAGUGGAUGAUAUCAACCUGUCACAAUCAGAGUGUCCUCAUAAUGUAUGGCAGAUCAAGAACUUCAUGGAGCUUUGGAACAAAUCUGCACCUGGCACUUACAUAUUCAGCCCACUGUAUUACUCACCUGACGGCUAUCGCUAUCAGGUAUUUCUGAGACUGAAUCAGGACGCGGUUUUCUUCUACGUGCGACUGGUAUCUGGUGUCAAUGAUGACCAGCUACAGUGGCCCUGCCCAUGGAGACAAGUGACUUUAGUACUGCUGGACCAGAACCCCGACAUCCAACAGCGCAUGUCGAAUGAAGAAAGCAUCACAACUGACAUAUCUGAUCGACAGUUUUGGGGCAGACCUAGUGAAGUUGGAUCUGAAGCAAUCACUGGUGAUAACGAAACUGUAAAAGUCAAUUCUGCAAAGUUGUUUAACAUGUUCUUGAAAAAAGCCCGUCUCAAUGACAGGGAGUUUGUCAAAGGAGGUGAUCUCAUCCUACUCAUCAGCAUGCAAGACGUCUCAGCGCUGCAGCAGAAUAACUCUUUGCCCUGCCCUAAAGUAUCAGUGAAGAACUUCAAUGUCUCUCCUUAUCAGGGUGCUCAAGAAGGAUCCUGCACAACACGAGUUAUUUCCAACUCCUCUACAACCACAAAUAUAACUACAACUCCACCAAGCAACUGCUUGGACAUCUUAUGUUCUGGGGCCAAUAGUGUGCAUCCUUCUGUCGCCCUCCUGCUGGCUUGGGUCCUCCUGAUAGUAAACUAGCAGCCAGAUCAUCACAACUCCAUGGUGCCUCUAAUCUUCUCCACCCACUUUUUUUGGCAAUCCCUUGGCCAUAAUAUAUCAAUCAUGUAGUUAUGAUUAUUUUGUGUAAUUUUUGUGAUUCUUAGGCUUUGUUCACACAGCAGGUAAAAGUGGCCCAAAUCAGAUCUUUUUCUCCGUAGCUGACACAGAUGUCUCA